AUGUCCGAUUACGACAACAAUCUCAGAAUCGCCCACGAGGCAGAGAAAGACCUGAACACCUACCAGGCCAAGCAGGGUCUUGGUCGUAAGAGCGAUUCCACCGUCGAGUCUGGUGUGAACGCAAUGGUCGACAAAAAGUUCGGGGAAACCGGCAUCAAGACCGGGAGAGAAGCUGGCGCUUCCAGCAGCGGUCGUAAACCAAUCCCCGAAGAUGAGGGCGGCAGCCGAGAUGACCGUGGCAGGAUUUCAAAGGCUUUUCAAUUCGAAGGGUCUGGUGAAGGACCGGAAGACAAGGUGAGGAUAGAGUCUCAACGUCGUCCUGGUGACGAUGAUACUCUGAACCUCCAAGAGAUGAAGCGCGAAGGACUUGCUCGGGAGAUUCAUUGA